UCGUACCGGUUAGUGCGUUACAUCUCAAACACGUGUUAAGAAAAUUGUAUUUGCUGAAAAGAAUGGCCAAAUUGGAAGUAUUUAAGGCAAAGACCACUGCUGUUGCUAAUAUCAAGGAUAUAAUCAACAGCAUUGAAAAAUACAAUCCGGCAAAUAAAGCUGCUUUGGAAGAAUACGUUCAAAGUCAAUCCGCCGAUGAAUCCUAUGACUUGGAAGCUUAUUUGUCGCUCUUACAACUAUACAAGUUCUACCCUAAAAUGGUUAACAAUGAUAUUUCAUAUAUGAUUCUACUGAAAUGUCUCUCUCAGAUUCAACGCGCGGAUUUUUCAAUUGCGAAGGCUCUUCUGCUGCCACAGCAAUUGAAUGAUUUGACUGUAAAAGUAAUAUUUCAUAUGUCGGAGUACUUGGAGUCUGCAGAUUUUCCAGCUUUUUGGAAAUUAGCAUAUGAAAUACCGGCUAUGUUUGUCAACGUUAAAGGGUUUUUUGAUGCAAUCAGACGUCACAUUUGCGUUCUUGUGGGCUUGACUUUUAAAAAAAUUAACAAGUCGACUUUGAAUUUGCUUUUGGGAAACAUUGACGAUGCUGAGUUAAUAAUUUGGAUAAAAAAGAACAAUUGGAAGCUAGUUGACAACAUGGUUGAAAUGAACGCAGCCACCCAAAAUGAAAAUGAGGUUGUUCUAAACGAUAUUGGCUUGGAUGACGUUAUUACUUUAUUGACACAUAUUGAAUAAAUCUCUGUUAUCCUCAAUUUGAAUAUUUUGAAUAAAAA